AUGGAUCACCUAAAGAUAAUUGCGGACCAAUUUCAAGACAUGGAAUCCAUAGUUCAGGAAUGUCACAAUGGAAUAUCGAUUGAUCUCUUCCUGCACCUUUCACUCAUUCCAGCUGUGCUGAUUACCCUCGUGCUGUCUUUUCUUCAGAAACGGGCAACCACAUCAGCAUUUGACCAAAAACUGCCUUUUCUGAAAGGGCGUUUUGGCAUUGUAGUACCGCUGGAUACCAUUGGAAGCCUAAGCAAUCGCUGGUCAUACGGCUUUGCCUUCGGAGCAGUGUCCUACGGCGUCCUGCUGCUCUUCUCCGAAAAUUACAUUCCUUUUGCUGUUCCACCGUGGGCCCGAGCUGUAGUUUACCUGGUUGGUGCUUUGGAAGUGGGACUUGUGAACUUUCCUUUUUUUGCCUGUCUGUCAACGCCCUUCAGAGCAACUGGAGCUGUGUUAGGAAUUCUCUACUCGUUGUGUUGGCUUACCAUUACAGUGUGGGACACAUUUACAUGUCCAGGCGGCAAGAUGUUGGGCAAAUACCAGAAGAUAAUCAUCCAAUGGCCCUGUGUCCUUUCACACAUUUUUCUUUUGGGACGAUUUGUCUACAUGCUCGUCAAAGAUGUUCGAAUACAUCUACAGUUGGAACAGGAGGAUUUAGAUAAACUGACUGAGCAGCAUCAAGUACAGCAUGUUAAGAGACUACUGAGGAAGACAAAUACACUAAGCAAAGCCCAGACUUGGUUCCAGAGCAGAGUGUAUGAGUGGGAUCCCCACUUCAAGUUCCCUAACAGAAUCGUUGGCACUGCCAUCAUAUCCCUCAUAGGAUUAUACACGAUGACUCUGGCUGACUACAGUCUCAGUAAUUUUGCUUUUGGCAAAGUGGAGAGGUGGAAGAACAUGCUCAAAAACUUGACGUUCUGUGAUCAGAACGAGGCUUUGGCAGCAAUGAUGCCACAACUGGAAGAGUUCAUUGACGUUGCAAGAAAAACUUGGUUUGCAACCACCAUCUUUGCUAGCCUUAAUUCAGUUGCCUACACAUUGCAUGUGCUGAUAUGUUACAGGAAACAUUUAAAGAGACUUUGGAAAGGAGAGAAAGGUUUUCUCCCCGAGAAAUUGCUCCAGCCCAAGUCUGCUACCAGUGUGGCCUCCAUCGCACGCUACUCUGGAUGGCAAAUUGCUUUUACUCUCUGGGGUUAUCUGAUGGUCCACUUUGUUCACUUCCUGAUUGCGGUCCUGUUGGUGUAUUUUUUUGUAAUUCCAAUAAAACAUGGCAACGGUUUGGCCAUGCUGUCCCACUUAGGAAUCUUAAUUGUGACCAUUGGUCUGGUGGUAGCCUUAGUGAUCUUCCAGGUACUUUUGGUCCACGUUUUUUUCCUCCAGGACAAAUUGUCUCCCACAGAUAAACACAAACCUCUGGCUCUCAAUAACAGAAAAGCAUUUCACUGCUUCACCUACUUUUUCUUUUUCUACAACGUGAUCAUGGGGAUAAGCAACUGCUUCAUAAGGCUUGUGACCAGCAUUGUGCUGGGAACAUGGCUUGUGUCCCGCAUCGACCGUACAAUCAUGCAGAGGGGAUAUGAAACCAUUGAUGCUGGAUAUACGACAUGGAUCGGGAUGAUAUUUGCUGACCACUAUCAUAACAAUCCAGUUAUGGUGUGUUUCUGCCAGCUGCUUGUCUUUACCACAGUGGAGAAACAAACAUUAACUGCAUACUCCACAUUCAUCAACACGCCAUCUGAAAAUUCUGUGAAUAGCCGGGCAAGGAGACGCUGGGCAUUACUUUACACCCUCCUGAGGAACCCUAAUCUCAUCCUGCACAGGAAGCGCCACCUCUCCCUAUUGGGGACACUUCAUACGUCUCCUUCUCUUCAAACGGACACAGUCUUGCAGGCUGCUGUUAUGGGUUGUCAGUUACAGAGGCGCAAUGCAGCACUUGUGCACUUUCCAGGAAACAGUGAGGCACAAACACCAGACGACUAG